GGGCAGCCGGGGUAGUUGCAACGACUCGGGGGAUACCUCACCGUCUCAAUCCAUCGACGAUCACGUCACCAGUCUGGCCAGUCUUCGGUCAACGUUCUACCUCGGACAUUGUCAAAAGUGUUCAAGGCUCAGUCUCCAUCACUCGCACUUCGACUUGUUCUACUUGGAAGCUACAUUCCGCAGCGGGUCGACCGAUAGGCACAGUGCUGUGUAGCCCAACGACCUAGCUUGUGAUACAGGCAGGAUGUCUCAACCCGAUACCUACCUAGGCCUCGGAGCGCCUAUCGUCUCAAGCUCUACCGGCCAAGAUCACGAACUAGAUCGCAAUCGACUGCGAGAGCUCAAGCAACACCAACAGCUUCAAGACCAACCUCUUAUGACCCAAUCCGUCCAACCCCAACCUCAGACCCUUCACGAAUCUGGUUAUACAUUGACGGAUGUCAAUCACAACAUUCAUGGACCUACCGAGAUGUCCAACGCUCUGCUUCAAGGAGCUUCGGAGGAGAGGAUCAAGGUGGAACAACAGAUCGAGGUUGGAAAGGCUCUGGCGGGGGACUUGCAAAAGGGAGCUACAGUGCAUACCUUUGAUCCAGAUGCGAGUACCGCGCAGAAAGCUAGAGAGGCCGCUGGGAUCGAUCCAUCGUCCGCUUUGGCUGCGGGACCCAGCUCUGCUCGCGCGCUGGUCAUCGAUUCUACACCCGCCUCGAACCUCCCUGCUCCUACCAUCUCGGUCGACGAUAUCAAUCGAGCCUCGAGGGAGGAAGGAGAAGGAUUCGGCGGGGAAAAGGUCGAGCCGGUGGUAUCAUCUACCCAGAAGGUCGAGACCUUGCAGAAGAGCACGAUCGGAUGGCUAGACUCCAUCGGCGGCGUCAAGUCUCCAAACUCUAUCACCGAAUCCUCCGAAUCUAUCCAACGCACUCCCUCUCGAAACUGGUUUACCGAGAAUAUCCCUCUUGAAUUCUAUGGGACCGCCUACCACAAUGCCGGUUUGAUCCUCUUUGCCGUCCUCUCCACUCGCGCCAUCACGCUCCUUCGGCUGAGUUGGGGUUGGCUCGUCGUCCUCCUAGCGUUCUGUAUGACGAUGUACUCCAUUUCUAUCGAACGAACGAGGGCGAGAGCGAGGGACGAUAUUCAGAGGGAGUUGAUGAAGAGCAGGUUGGUUAGCGAGAGCGAGUCGGCGGACUGGAUCAACAGUCUACUGGAUCGGGCUUGGUUGAUCGCCGAGCCAUUGUUGAGCGCUACGGUCGUAGCCUCGGUCGAUGAGGCUUUGAAAUCCGCUGCCUUUGGUCCUGUCGAAUCCAUCCGACUCACUACAUUCACCCUCGGCAACAAGGCUCCUCGGAUCGAUUCCAUCCGGACGUAUCCUAUGACCCCGGACGACGAGGUCAUCAUGGAAUGGGCCCUCUCGUUCACCCCAAAUGACCUGGAAGACUUGACGCCCAAGCAGGCCAAGUCGAAGGUGAACCCAAAGGUCGUGCUCAGUAUCAAGUUGGGCAAGGGGUUUGUAGGCGGGUCGAUCCCGGUCUUGUUGGAAGAUAUCAGCUUCAAGGGAUCUAUGCGAAUCAAGCUCAAGUUGAUGUCCAACUUUCCUCACGUCCAGAUGGUCCACAUGUCGUUCAUGGAAAAGCCCGAAUUCGACUAUGUGCUCAAACCGCUCGGUGGAGAAAAGUUUGGCAUGGACGUCAAUAAUAUUCCUGGGCUUUCCGGAUUCAUCAAGGAUCAGGUUCAUGCCAAUUUGGGACCGAUGAUGUACGACCCCAAUGUCUUUACGAUCAACCUGGAGCAGCUACUCUCUGGUACCCCUCUCGACUCGGCCAUCGGUAUCUUGAAAGUCACAAUCGAAUCUGCCAACGGACUCAAGGCUGUCAAACUUGGAGGUGGUGCGCCCGACCCUUAUGUCGUGAUGGGCGUGGGUCUCAAACCCGCUGUCAACAAAACCAAAGUCAAGCACAGCACGAGCCACCCUGUCUGGAAUGAAACGCAAUACAUCCUUGUUAACACACUCAAUGAAUCGCUCAAUCUAUCCGUCUUUGACUACAAUGAGCACCGGUCCGAUAACGCGCUCGGCACCUCCGUGUUCGAUCUCGCCAGCCUUAUCACCGAUGCAGAGCAGUCAGGUCUCAGCUCCAAGAUCGUGCAAGACGGCAAGGACCGAGGAUCUAUCAAGUACAACCUAUCGUUCUAUCCCGUACUCACGCCAAAGGCUCUUCCAGACGGGACGCUCGAGCCUCCUCCUGAGAGCUCGACCGGUAUCGUCCGUCUUACUAUACACCAGGCCAAAGACCUCGACUUGUCACGGUCGAGCGGCACCUUGAGCCCAUAUGCGGCGGUAUACCUCGGUGGCAAUCGGGAGAUCCAUCGGACGGCCACUAUGAAGGCGUCCAAUUCCCCCACUUGGGAAUCUGCGACCGAGUUCUUGGUCCCCGACAAGACCAACUCUACAAUUACGAUCAAGCUGUUCGACGACCGCGCAUUGCGAGAUCCGUCGUUGGGUACGGCGGUGAUCCGCCUGGAAGACCUCCUUCAAGCCAAGGAUCGUCAGCAAGACUGGUUUCCUUUGUCAGGGGUUCGAUCGGGCAAAGUCAGGAUCACGACCGACUGGAAACCGUUGUUGCUCCCCGGGAGUGUAGGAGGCUCGGCGGCUUACACCGCUCCCAUCGGUGUCAUGCGUAUCUGGCUCAAGAAAGCUGUCGACUUGAAGAAUCUGGAGUUCGGUCUGGGCGGCAAGAGCGAUCCCUACGUUCGAGUCUUGCUCAAUCAUCAAAUCCUCGCCAAGACAGAGGUAGUCGAUAACAACCUGAACCCGGAAUGGGACGAGAUUGUGUACAUCCCUGUUCACCACGCGAACGAUCACGUCAUUCUCGAAAUCAUGGAUCAUCAGAAUCUCACAAAGGAUCGCCACCUCGGUACGGUCGAGGUCAAGGUAUCGGAUUACAUCCUGGUGGACAAAGCCAACAAUGAAACCCCUUACCUGUCCAAUGGAGGCAAAGAUCGCGCGGAUGCUGUGCUACUGGGUAAUGGUCAGGCCGACAAGGGCCGCUUGCAUUAUCACGUCUCAUUUGUACCCAGUGUCGCUCUGAAGGGUGGAGUUCACUUCGAACCGGUCGCGGAUCCGUCCAAGGUAUUGGCGGGUAGACCACUCAACAUGCCCAACGGAGACAGCGAUAAUGCAUCACUUCGAUCGGCGAUAGGCGACGGAGGAAGCGUCAAAGAACCCGAAGAGGAGCAAUCGGGUGUUACGUUGGGGAUUAACGAGCUCUUGCGAGAACAAUCGGGAGUCCUUGUUCUCCAGGUAAUCGCCGGGAUGAUGCCGAAAAAGGGUCGUUUCGAAGUCUUGGUCGAUGAGAACGCUACACCGAGUUUCCAAACGGAAAAGGCAAGGGGUCACAAAAACACCUGGGACCAGAUCGGCGAAUUGGUCAUUCGGGAGCUCGAUUUUAGUCAACUCACGCUCAGAAUGAAUGAAAACGAUCCGGACGACAAGCCAGAUGUCUAUGCAGAGCUGCGAGUGCUCACGCGCAACUUGCUGGAAGCCGCUUGGGACGCGCCAACGACUUAUACUCUCAACGUUGUAGGGGGAGCAGCAUCCGAGAAAACGACCGUACUCUUGCAAGCACGCUAUGUUCCGCUGCGAAUGGCACUCGAGAUGCGCGAGAGUGUGAUCAAUAUGGGCAUACUUGGAGUGGAACUGAUUGAUGCCAAAGGGCUCCAGGGGUCUGACCGAAGUGGAAAAAGCGAUCCCUACGUGGUCUUUACUCUCGGUGGAGAAAAGGUCUUUAAAUCGCAAGUCAAGAAAAAGACGCUGGCACCGACAUGGAACGAGCGUUUCGAGGCGGUGGUCCCGUCGAGAUUCAACUCGAGAUUUACUUUCGAGAUCUUCGACUGGAAUCAGAUCGAGAGUGCAAAAUCGCUAGGCACGGGAUCCAUCGAUCUUGUCAGCAUCGAGCCAUUUGAGGCGUCCGAGGUUACUCUGCCCGUAAUGACCGUCAAGGAUGGUGUGCGAGGCACCUUGCGUCUGAGAACGGUCUUCACCCCGCAAUUGAUCGCUCGAGUGCGUCGACAUACUGGCACCUUGUCAGCCGCUGGCCGGACCUUGUCGACGGUCGGUUCGACAGUAGGUGCUGCUCCAAUCAUGGUCGGUAAAGGGGUCGGGCACGGUCUUGUCGCUGGAGGUUCCGGUGUGGUCCAUGGGGUUGGGGCUGUUGGCACCGGAGUCGCUCAUGGAGUAGGCGCUGUCGGAGGAUUCGCCGGACGUAAAGUCGGAGGCUUGAUCAAGAGAAAGGACAAGCACGGAAACGAGGUAUUGGUCGAGGAACCCUUGAUGGGAGAAGAAGGUUCAUACGAGGUGAUCAACGAGAGGGGUCACGCACGCAUGCCAUCGCACAAGGGGUCGCUGGCGCCGUCGACGACACAGGCGGGACGCAUCUCGAUCACGUGCCUGAGGGCAAAAGGUAUCUCUGGGACUGCUUCGGGCGAUGUCAAGCCUUAUAUCGUCCUGCAGACGGACAAGCAGAAGUAUCACACGCAUCAUGCGAAACGGAGCGAGGAACCCGAAUGGAACGAGACUUUCAACUUUGAUGCAUCAGCCAGCGCGCUCACGGUCAAGAUGUACGAUCGAAAGACGAUUGGCAAAGACAAGGAGGUGGGAGAGGCCUUGAUCGAGCUGAACGACCUCGAGGGGGCAAGCGCGGAGCGAUGGGUCGAGCUGAGCAAUGGCCGGGGCCAGAUUUACCUUCGAAUUGAUGCGGGCGAUGCGGGUGCCGCUUCACUACGUCGAUUGAAGACGCCUAGCAUGCGGUCGCUGGUGAGCGGAGGAGGAGCAGGCAAUACAUCCAGCCCGGGAAGGUUUUCCUUCAGGAAGACCGGAAGUUGAGCUUGUGUGCGCAGCGAUCGUAAGCCGAGCGCGGGUCAGGAGCCCGGUCGCUGCGAGAGAGAAUGUGCUUGUCGGUUUGGAGAGAGAACUGGGAGAAGGAGGGGAAGCGAGCGAGCGAGAGACGCGAUUGUGUCAGUCGCGUGCUGUAAUCAUGGACGGGGGUUGUCACGAACCCGGCCCGAGCUACAUGAUAUAAUUUACUCCGAAGCCCGAGGAAA